AUGUCCACCAGUCUCCAUCAAUACCCGCCGGGGUUCAGCCUUCUCCACACACCGAACACUGUCGAUCCGCAACAACAUCACGUUUUGAUCGCACAGCACACGGGACCUUCACGAACAAAUUCAUUGAAGUACGAAACACUGCAGUUCCAUCAGCGUCCGGAUGUUACUUUGAGUGGCAAUGCCGUGGGUAAGCCUCAUCGCUUGCCAUACGCCAACGGACCGUUAGCUGCAGCUCCCCGCACCCAUCGAGGCACAAUGCUCCACGAACAAUCAAGCCGUACAUCGGGAACUGUGCGACGCAGAAUCAGCCGAGCAUGCGAUCAAUGCAAUCAACUGAGAACUAAGUGCGAUGGACAGAAAUCUUGUUCACACUGUAUAGAGUUUGGUUUGACAUGCGCAUACUUGCGUGAACGCAAGAAACGCGGCAAGGCCUCACGCAAGGAGAUUGCCCAGCAACAAGCCGCCGCAACGGCAUUGUCUGACAAGGGAACACAGUCAAUUGAGGAGCCAGCUAUCGCAACCCCACAAUCACAAGAAACUGCUUCUGAACGAGCACGAAACGUGAGUCCUACACCAUCUAGCAAUCAGCCAACCUUUCCGGCGUCCUUCGUACCCAGUCGAUCCAACAGCCUGGCAACGACCAGAGUAAGGAAACCUGCGCAGGCUUACCCAGGUCGCACUAUGAGUUUGGGCGCUGUUGACUCCGCCACGGGAGAUGUUUUGCAACCAGCCGGCGAUGGUCUACAUCCGCCACAGCCACCUCGAAUCCGAACCCAUGGGCUACCACAAACCGAAUUUACGUCUAUGCACGACUUUCAGCAAAGCCUCGCAUACCAAUCACCACAUGCUAUGAUACAACCUACGAUGCAUCCGACCGUUGCCUCCAACGACCAUUCUAUGGAUUACCCAGGCCAUCCUCCAAUUGCAUACAUGGCGCAGUCUCUCCCUGAGGAUACUCCCCAUCUGGACUUUGCGGCCCACUCGCCUUUGUCCGGCUCGCCAAAUUGGAUGCUCCCUUCGCCGUCUGCAACAUUGUACUCUGGUGGAACCCGCCCGAGAUCCUCUCAGUUCCUUCGAUACCCUGUUCUUGAGCCUGUAGUCCCAUAUCUUACGAACAUCAUGCCACUUUCACUGGCAUGCGAUCUCUUGGAGCUUUACUUUGAGAGCUCAUCGUCGUUGUACAUGCAGCCAGUCUCUCCGUACGUCCUUGGCCAUGUAUUCAGAACAGGCUCGUUUCUUAGGAGAGACAACCCUCGAGUUUGCAGGCCAGCGUUAUUAGCAAGUAUGCUUUGGAUCGGGUGUCUGACCAGCGAGUCUUCGUAUCUGGCCUCUUCACCAAUGGCUAGGAGUCAGAUGUCGGAGAAGUUGAUCAACCUCACCAUUGGACUUCUCAAGCCGCUGGUACACCAAACGCCAGGAAUAUCCGAUCAAGAGACAGCCAUGUACAACAAUUCUAGUAUGGUUCAUGGUGUCACCAUGGGCGGUUUUGGGAUGCCGCCACAGAUUUCUGAAGAGGGUAUCGGCCUUGAUAUGCACUUCGGUAAUCUGGACGAUGUAGCAACGUAUGUCAAUCUCGGAGUGGUGACAUCCGCCAGUGAAUACAAAGCAGCAUCACUACGUUGGUGGAAUGCGGCGUGGUCACUAGCUAGGGAGAUGAGGCUGGGCAAAGAGAUAGUUACGCCGUCGCCCGACGUGUAUAACGAGAACACCUCCGGUGAUUUCGACAGUUGCAACACUAUUCUGGAGGCGACAGAAGAGCAACGCGAGGAGCGCAGACGCAUGUGGUGGCUCUUGUACACGAUGGAUCGACACCUAGCUUUAUGCUACAAUCGACCUCUUUCCUUCACGGAUGUAGAAUGCUCAGGCCUUCUGCAACCCUUUGACGAUCACGUAUGGCAAUCUGGCGACUUCUUCGAGGAUUCCGCUCAAUUAUUACCAGAUCCCACAUUUCGCCGAAGAGGUCCUGCCUUCGAAUGCACCGGUCACACCUCCAUAUUCGAAUUUUUCCUACCAUUGAUGACAAUUCUCGGCGAAAUUGUGGACCUCACACAUGCAAGAAACCACCCCAGAUUUGGUACGAAGACCGACUGGGAUGAAUAUGGUAUGGAAAUCAGUCAACGGCUUGAUGCUUACGGCCGAUCGCUACAAGAGAUGCAACAGCGCACCGUCAUGGAAAACAAACCCGACACGCAUGACUCUGCCCUAUCAGGUACGCCAUCUGGCACCUCAAACUCAAUGGCGCAAGAGUCAAUCAUGCACGCUCGAAUUGUAAUGAAGUAUGGCACAUAUCUUAUGCAUACACUCCAUGUUCUAUUGAACGGGAAGUGGGAUCCAAUCUCGUUGUUGGAUGACAACGACCUUUGGAUAUCAUCGCCGAGCUUCAUUACCGCCACCGGCCACGCAGUAUCCGCAGCUGAGGCAUUAAAUGAGAUACUUGAACUUGACCCAGACCUAAGCUUCAUGCCAUUCUUCUUUGGAAUAUACCUUCUGCAGGGAAGCUUCCUGCUUCUGUUAAUCGCAGAUAAGCUGCAGGGCGAAGCGAGCCCCAACAUCGUGCGCGCAUGCGAAGUGAUAGUGCGUGCGCACGAAGCUUGCAUUGUCACUUUGAAUACGGAAUACCAGAGAAAUUUCCGUAACAUAAUGCUCUCGGCCCUGCAGCAGAUGCGUGGAAGAGGCCUGCAAGCUUCCAUCGAGCGCCGCCGGGAGAUGCUGAGCUUGUACCGGUGGGGCGAUGGAACUGGGCUCGCCCUAUGA